AUGCCUCCCAAAGCUAGCACUCGCCGCGCAGCUCCCCGACCGGAUGAAUCAACCUCUACCUCUACAAACCCAGCCAGCGCCCAAAAUGCCCCCGAGGCCAGGACACCCGCCGCCAGCGCAACGCCCGGUCCAGCCGGCCGCCCCUCUGUGCAACGCCUGCAGUCAUUAAAGAAUCGCAAGCCCUCCGGCAGCAUCGCACCCGCAGGGCGACCUCCCUCCGCGCUCGGUAGCGAGCCGCCAAAGCCCAUGAUGAAAUACAAGCCCAAGGCCGUCGGGCGCCGCAGCAAAGAAGAGCGCGACGCGAUCGAGAGGCGCGAGCAGGAACGGCACAAUGAGCGUCUGCGCGAGGCUGCUGCUAUCCAGCGUGGCCGGGGCAAUCGCGGCGGUCGGGGUACUUUCCGCGGCCGCGGUGGACCUAUGGGCAUGGGCGCAAAUGGGCCGUUUGGUUCUGGGGCUGGGGCUGCGCGACGGGGUCGUGGCGGCGCUUCAUGGGGUCCUGGGGGUCAUGGGGGUCCUGGGGGCGGCGCUCGGAGCCGGUUCCGGUCUGCGAUUAGCGGUGGGAGUCGGGGUGUGGAUUAUGAUUCUGAUGAGGACGUGGAUGAUGAGCUGCGGGUUAGCAUUGAUCGGAUUGGGCUUGAGAGCGAUGAGGAUGAGGACGAUGAUGAUGAGUCGCGGGAUGUCAAGGGCAAGAUGCCGAUCCGCUCGCGGGAGGGCCUGCGGCCUGUACGUGUGACCCGCCUUGCGCAUGAGGAUCGGGUUAUCAGCGUGAAUAUGGAGUCGAGCUCCAGCAAGGCGGCUGAGAUCCGUCAAAAGGUCGAGGAGGCCAAGGCUGCAGAGGAGACAGGCACAGCUGCUCGUGCGGAAACAGCAGUUGUUGGGGAGCCAUUCGUGAAGCCGGAACCGGUGGACGAGGAUACCCCAAUGGACGAGGUGCCUCAUGACGAUGACGGCUUCCUGCCCACACAAACUGUCCGCGUCCGACGGAAGCUGUCAAGUCCUCGAGAAACGGCUGAAUCAGAAGCCGUCGUGGAAUUGGCGCCCCAGACGGUUGCGCGGGACCCCCGAGAGCUCCUCCGUACUAGGGAGGAAAUCGACGAAUACGAUCGUCACUUGGAGGACCUCGACCACAUCCGCAAUCUUUUGCUCUACGAGGAGGCCGAGAAGACCACAGAGACGGCGACCGCCGAUGCCGAAGAACCACCCGCCGGAGAGACCGCUAGCGGAGACGACGAGACGGGCGAACAACCUGAAGACCAGACUACCAACCAGGCCCUCCUCGGCCAACUCUUCCUCAUGCAAUUCCCCCCCAUGACACCCAACCUCACCCUCCCCGGCCCCUCCGAACCCCAACCCUCCGACACCACCGCCGAACCCGCCGCCGAGGCCACAAACCCACCUGAAGUCAAAUCCGAAGGCGACGAUGUCCAAGUCGUCGACGACGGCGCAACCCAAGUACCAAAGGUUAUCACCGCCGCCACAGACUGGGCCCUCCCCGCCGGCCGCGUGGGCAAACUGAACGUGCACAAAUCCGGCCGCGUGACGCUGGACUGGGGCGGUAUCAGCUUCGAUCUGGACCGCGCGACGUCCGUGGACUUUGUGCAGGAGGCGCUGAUUGUGUCGAGUCGGCCGGAGGAAGAGGAGGGGGUGCCGCCGAAGGAAGACGAGGGUGAGAAUCGGGUAUGGUCGAUGGGACAGCUCUGUGGGAAGUUUACUGUUAUGCCCAACUGGGAUCAGAUGCUGUGA